AUGCGUUGUGGAGGAACAGGGCACACUGCUGCUAUGUGCCGCUCCCCUUCGAGAGCUGAGGCUGUGGCUAGGAAGCCAACAGCUGUGGAAGCGUCCGUUAAAAAGAAGCCAUCUCCGACUACUUCGGCAGCGACGUGUGUUGAGGAAUCUCCUGAGCAACGUGCACUUCCGGCAGAUGAACAAGCGGCUCCGAUAGCUGAUCGUGGAGCCAAUGAAGACGAUGAGGAAAACUUUGAUGUAGCUAAUGCGGUUUCCACUAGUUGGUUGCACACUGUAAUUGACAGUCCUUAUGGUGCGGCUUUGACUGAUCCUACUCUCUGUCAUGGUACCUCCUUGUAUACUGAUGAACUUUCGAACCCAUCUCCGUUGAUCACAGACAUACAGUUGUCACCUCGGAAUAGUCAUUUCAGUCGCUAUGAUUGCAGAGCACUAGUGGAUACUGGAGCUGGUAGGAGCUUUAUUCGAUUCGAUAUGCUUAAUAAACUACCGAAUUCCUUCAUCGUUGAUCGUCGUGAUGUUAAUAUAAGUGUUAUGGUUGCUAACGCUGAGAAGUUCGUCUGUAAGCAAGCUGUGAUGCUUGAUGUUACUACCCCUCAGUUGACAAAGCCCAUUUGGUUUCUUACUGUGAAGAGUCUAUCCUUCCCCCUUAUACUUGGACUUGAUGCUAUACGACGGCUCCAAUUGUUGAUUUUUGCUUCACCGGAGAAGAUUCUCCUCAAGGCUGGCUUGACCGAGAAAGAGGUCGGCCGUUGUGCUGGCAACCAAGAGCUUGAAGUUGCUAGUACGAAUAGAGGAGACAUUUCUGUAUAUUCUCCGAGUGAUCUUGAGCUAAUUAAUAAAGCCGUCGGGUCCGCUUCUGGGGAAGAGUCAGUAGAUUUCAACUUGGUGUUGCAAGGUGCUUUGAAGGAGGAGACUCCUCUCACCUUCGAUCAAGUUUAUUGGUCUGAUAGUUUUGACCAAAGAGGCUUUGAGGGGGAUAGUAUUUCUCACUUAUCAUCGUCUGCUCCAUCACCGGUAGAUCUCGCUGCUUCAUUGACUAGUAAUUCUGAUGAGUCCGACUCUCUGUUUAUCGGAUUCACUAAAGAUGACAACCAUAUUGAUGAGAAUGGUGAGAAGCAGUCAGUUCUGAGGUUUACGUAUAAGGUUCCUUGGAUAAAACGGCUUCCAAGGCCCUCUCGGGGUGACAUCCGUAAGGCCAUAGCUCGAGACGAUGCUCUAUCGGCUCGACUCAAGAAGUCGGGGCAGUAUGAAUCUUAUGGUAAAGUCUUCGACUCUUAUGUUGCAAAAGGCAUUUUGGUAGAAGUAGAUGAGGCUGAGUAUGAGGAGGUUACUGGGAUACUGAGUCACUUUCCUGUUGAAAGGGACAGUAGUCCUACGACCCCUUUGAGGCCAGCUCUGAAUGGUUCGGUGUAUCGGGGCGCGGUCGGUACUGGAUUUCGCAAUAAGAGAGAAGAGGAUGCGGUGCUUCGCAGUACCUUACCGCAACUGCUUUUGUUCCGAUCCUUCCCUCAUGUAGCAACUUUAGAUGUCCAAACGGCCUUCUAUAUGCUGAGGCACACUCGUCGCGACAGUUUUUCCUUUUGUUUGGCUUGGAAACAUCGUCUGUUUCGUCUCGUGUCUCCUGCUAUGGGGGCUCCCCAUUCGCCUUGCGUGUUGCAAGACAGCAUGAGACGGGUCUGUGAUGCAGCACUGCGGAAGUUUGGGGAAAGUCACCCAGAGCUUUCUAAAAGUGAGUUGUCGCAAAGAGUGGCCUUCAGCGCAUAUAUGGAUGAUAUAGUAGUUGCUGCUGUUUCAUCUCAACUUUUGCACGACGCCCUAUCAUGUGCUUUGAGCGUCUGUGCGGCUCACGGUUUCAAUUGUCCUCUAGUUAAGCGUUGUAUCGGUGCUCCCUCUCAGGGAGAUCCGCCACAGAAGGUGCUGGGGAUGCUCUGGGUUUCGGGUGACAAACUGGCUAAUGCACCCGGGCCUGACCUACCACCCCCAGUGAUGCUCAAAGAUGAUUCUGGUCUUCCAUCGAGUCGUGUCGCCACCACGUGUCGUGACAUUAUGAGUAUCAUCGCUAAGCAGUACGACCCUUGUGGUGUCAGCAACAAUAUAUUGCUCUCUAUGAGAUUGAUUCUAAGGAAGGAGAUGGAGCGGUUGAAGGACCUGGACGCGUUCGUGAGUAUUGACACCCAUCGGGCUAUACAAUCGUUGAUAUCCGACUUUCGGAAUGCUGAACCUAUACCUCGAGAAAUACUAUGUCGUGAAGAUACCUUGGAAUUGUUCGUAUUUUGUGAUGCUAGUGCUUACGCUACUUCCACGGUUGUUCUGGACGCCCACUUCCGCCCAGUUCGGUGUAUUUCGAGGAUGAUUUCUGCAACUCGUAAGGGGUGGACUAUCGUACGCAAAGAGCUAUUAGCCUUCAGAGAGUCUGUUGAAUUCGUGGCUACCACGGUGAGGGCGUGUUCCUCGUGUAGAUCGUCUGGUAGCAUCAGUAUCACUUAUUUAACUGAUAAUUCUUCUAAUUAUUAUCGUAUUCGUAGUGCCUUAAGAGAGCUAUCGGAUUCCAAGAUUACUAAGGAAUUGCCAGCAUGGGAGAAAUCCAUAGUUGCCACCAUUGUGAAGAAGAUCCGUGGGUUGUCUGACGACUUCACGGUAUUACACGUGUCGGGGGAGUACAACCCCAGCGAUGCCUAUUCUCGUGGUACUCGUAUUAAAGUGGCUCCCUAUGCUGAUUCCAACUUAAUUAGACUCGUACGUGAAAGUCGGCGACGGGCGAAGAAUUGUGGUGGUAUGGGCGAUCCUUUGGCCUGUCGAGCUGACUUCCCUCCUGAAGAAGGGAGUAGUUACGAGUAUGAGCUCAAUGAGCUCCUGUUACCAUUGCAUAUCGGCGAAAAUUUUGCCGCAUUGAAGUCUGAUAUUAUUAACCAUCAGCGCCGUGAUCCCACUCUUAAAUUAUUCUUUGAAGGCGCAGCCGAUAGGUUAGAUGAUCGAGUCAAGCGGAAGUAUGAAUUUGUAGAGAAGGAGAACCAUAUGGAGAGCUUCGUUAUCAAUAAGGUCAGCGGUGGUUUGGUGGUACCUAUCAGUAAGCUCUGGGAUGUUGCACUCCGAUUGCACGAAUUCUAUGGCCAUAUCGGUGCACAUAAGUUGUAUAGCAGUACUAUCGCUGAUUAUGAUGUUGGCAGUAUGCGUACUUCUCUCCGAGUACAGAACGCCUGCCCAGUCUGUGUAGCUCAGAGAGGCAUUCGAACGAGAAGGCAUACUCUUGGCAAGAAGCUAGCUCGUAGUGUCGAGCCUUGGGAGCUUAUGGGUCUUGAUUUAAUCGGCCCAUUCGUUCAGAGUGGUGUGAGACCGAUGGGACAUGAGUCUGUUAUGGCGAUCAUCGGUGUUUGUGCAAGCAGUGGCUUUAUAGUACAACGAAAGAUCGAGAACCAUUGUCCUGCUCACAAGCUCGUCGAAGGUCUCGACUCCAUCUUCAUGGAGCAUGGGUAUUGUUUGGGAGUGUUAUCAGAUGACGAUCAAAGAUAUCACUCCACUCCGGAGUCAGCCCGAGGUUCUGGACAAGAGGCUAACUGCUCCGACUUACACUUCGUGUAUGGUCGGGCAUUACCGGCUAGCUUAUCAACUAUGCGUCAGCUGAGUGAGCCUGCUAAGGUUGCAUUAGCGGACAAAUUGUCCGGGUAG